UAACCACAACGUUUGCACGACAUAAAGAUAGAAAUCAAUAACCUACUGUACCCGUGCUGCAUCUCUGCCGGCAAAGAAGAGGCUGCGAUAGAUUUGGUUCUGGAAGUGCUGUCAAAAAGAUAAAAAGAAUUAAAGAAAGAAAGGAAUCAAUGGGAUGGGACCAGCUGAAGAUUAUGAAUUGCUGAUAAAACGUCGUUCAUUCUGUCGCGUCAUAUACAGACAAAAUAUCAUUUUGCGUUGGUCACUAUCGGAGCAGAUAAGAACGACAUAAUAUUAAGACUGAGUGGAACUAAUCCUAAAGCAAAGUGUGAGCACCGGCUGCAGUGGUACAGUCAUAACAAUGGCAACAGAAAAUUCAUUUCCCAGCGACCCAAAUCUCCUCCUAGAAUUUUGUGCAUCCUUAUUUGAUCUCAAUGGCUUCGAAAUACAGAAGAAAGUUAACAGAUAUCUACAAGACCGUACGGGAGCUGAAUUAGUGUUUCUGGUGCCUCUCCUGCCUGAGAAUGAAGAGGCUUUAGUUCAGGUCCUGGGUGAUAACCAGCUGGAUCAUGAACUGCGAUUUCCAGUACGGAAUAACAUUCUUCAUGUAGCAGUAAAAAGGAGGUGUUCGAUUACAGCCUCUUCCUCAGAGCUUGAUCCAGAACUUCACAACAUGCUAAAGAAUCUAGUAACACCAGACCCAACAUCGUUUCUGAUUGUACCAAUUUUCCAUGCAAAAGCAGAAACUGUCAGACUUCUGGCAUGCAUUGUUAAUUAUGGUGGAACAGAAGAAGCACAAGUAAAAUGUACUGUACUAGUCAGUGAAUGUUUCCGGUACUGCAUUGGGACCGUCUUGAAUGCUCUGGCAUAUGAAGAAGAAAAACGCCUGAAACUACAGUGUCAGUCUUUGUUAUCAGUUGCAAAGAACUUAUUCUCACGUCUCGGGGAUUUUACUGACCUGAUGCGAGAAAUUAUGGCAGAGGCCCGCACGCUGACAAAUGCUGAGAGGUGUUCCUUGUUUAUUGUUGAUCAGAACAGUGAUGAACUGGUUGCUAAAAUCUUUGAUGGAGAAGUCACUCCUCAUAUUCUAAAGGAAGUCCGAGUGCGCAAAGGCCAGGGUAUAGCUGGCUGGGUUGCAAAAACAGGAGAAGUUAUUAAUGUCAGAGAUGCUUACAGCCAUCCAUUAUUUUAUAGGGGAAUUGAUGAAGCUACAGGAUAUAGAACAAGGAACAUACUUUGCUUUCCUAUUCACCAUGAAAAUGUCAUAGUGGGAGUUGCCCAGAUGUGUAACAAGAGAAAUGGCUACUACUUUGAUGUGUUCGAUGAAGAAGUUGCAAUGGCAUUUAGUAUUUACUGUGGCAUAAGUAUUAUGCACAGCUUAGUGUAUAAGAAGAUACAAGAAGCACAGGCAAGGUACAAGAUGGCAAAUGAGCUUAUGAUGUAUCACAUGAAGGUGAAUGCAGAGGAUGUACAAAACUUACUUAAUUGCAAAGGAAGUCAUGACAACAAACUAUUAUUACAUUGGUCUUUCUCCCCUCGCACAAUACCAGUUCCUGAAACAACGUGCUAUGUUUUCAAGUUUUUUGAAGAUUUGAAUUUGGUAAAUCACUUUCAAAUCGAUAAGGAGACUUUAUCACGAUUUAUUCUCCUCGUGAAGAAAGGAUAUCGGGACACACCAUAUCACAACUGGAUGCAUGCAUUCUCUGUGGCCCAUUUUGCCUUCCUUUUGGUUAAAAAUCUUGACCUAAUAAAUAAAUCGUAUAUAACGGCAUUGGAAGGACUAGCGUUCAUUAUAUCAUGCUUGUGUCACGAUUUAGACCAUCGCGGAACAAACAAUUCCUUUCAGACAGAAUCUGGAACAGUCUUAGCAAGUCUGUACAGUUCUGAAGGAUCUGUUAUGGAGAGACACCAUCUGGCACAGACUCUGUGCAUACUAAAUACAGAUGACUGUAACGUACUAGAUGGCCUUGACAGAAAUGAAUACACUACGUGUUUGGACAUUAUACGGGACAUAAUAUUAGCCACAGAUUUGGCUCAUCACUUGAGAGUAUUGAAGGAGCAAAGAGUAAUGGUGUCCAAUGGGUUUGACAAAUCAAAUGACAGACAUCGGAAACUGCUGUUAUUUUUGCUGAUGACAGCUGCAGACCUGAGUGAUCAAACUAAGGACUGGCAGGUCUCCAGACAGAUAGCUGAGCUUAUAUAUGAAGAAUUUUUUUCACAAGGUGAUUUAGAGAAAUCAAUGGGAAACAAGCCAUUGGAAAUGAUGGACAGGGAAAAUGCAAGGAUUCCAGAAUUACAAAUUCAGUUUCUGGAAGAUAUAGUUAUUCCCGUUUUUGAGCUAUUAUCAACUCUGUUCCCUGAAGCAAAAUGUUUGUAUGAUGCCAGCUGGACAAACAAACUGUAUUGGAUGCGUGCAUCUCAGGUGUUUGUUGACCAAAGGCUGAAAGGACAAACUUCAAUGGAAAUCCUCAGAGACCCAGACCUUGUUGCAAGUGUUCUUCGUAACUCUCCUCCAAAGUAAUUUGAUGCACAUUGUAGGAAUUUGCGUGAAGAUGCAAUUCCUUUUACUUAUUAAUUGGUUCAAAUAUACAUAUGUACCUGUAAUUAACUGUAGCAAUACUUUUGUUUCCAUGACAUGAAACUGCAUAAAAGAAUGUCUACUGCAAUGCCAAAAACUUAACGUUGUUGUUGAUGUCUGUGUGUAGUUGCUCACUUAACAAUUGUGAUAAUAUCUCAGUACAAAUAUUAAGUCAUUGUUGAUGAUAUAGUAUAUAAUGUUAACGGCAAUAAAGAAGUGGUGCUGACCAUUUUAUUUAGGUGUAGAAAUGCAGAAAAAAAUCUGCUGAUACUUCAGUAAAGUGAAUUUCAUUUUGAUGAGUUUAUAUUUAAGAAUUUAUAGAAAUAUUUGUACAUAAAUUUAUCUUUCAAUUACGUAUUUUUAGAAGUUAUUAUUUAUUGAUUCUAGUUUUUACCAGUUCUGCUGUUAUUACUAAUAACAAAUGUGUUGUCAGAUAUUUUUAAUGUGAUGUUAUAAAGUAUUGGCAAUAGUUUCGAGUAAUCGUUUGUUGUUUGUCAACAACUGAUUAUCUUCUUAUGAUGUGCAUUUCUUCAAAGGUCUUAAUUAUUGGUUAACUAUAUCAUUUUAAUUGAUUAUUUCAAAGAGACAAAGUCUGGGCAAUAGAUACCAUUCCCAGUACUACCAACAGGACCACGUUAUAUAGAACUAGCUAGCUUCCAAAAUAAUAGUUUCAUUCCACAUCAGUGGGAGGGAAGAUUGAAAUAUGUUCAGAUAACUUGGAAACUGGGUUGUGUGAGGUGGGAGGAGGAAGGUAUGGAGACAAGUCACUCAUACCUUAGGUUGACAUGCACAGGCAAAGUGGAGGAAAGAAAUUUCAGUAUAAAGAGUUAGGUGACAAAGAAAGCACUGCCUAAAAUUCAGUUCACAGGAAGAGAAAAUGAAAACAGAAAGAAUAAUUAAAUUAAAGAAGAGAAAUGGAAAAGGAGAAACUAACGUAACAAAUGAAGGUGCAUCAGACCUUUUUGGAAGUAGUUAUUAAGUUGGCCAGUGGAAAAGUGUUUGUCUGGGAUUUUAACAAUUUUUAGAUUGAAUUUUUACUUUUAUAUAACUGAGUAUUUCUUACCAUAAGAAAUUUGGAAUUUUUGUUGUAUGGUCUUUCUGACAGGUAUCAACAAUACAAUUAAACUGUUUGGACAGUUGGAUGAUGAAUGUAGGCUGCUGUAUGGUACCAAAAUCUGAACACUAUCAUGUUGUAUCCAAUAUCAUACUUGUGCAAUUCUCUGCUCAGAGCAUACCAUAAUUUAAGAAUUAAGUGCCAGCUUUUUCUGUAAAACACUUAUUAGACUUUUGAAUAUUGAUGUGCCAAUCUCACUACUAGAAGUUUAUAUUGUUAAAUUAUUACUCAUGCACAUUGUAUCUACUGGAUGUUGUCUGCACACAAAGCACCAAUGUUUUUAUAUAAAAAUUAUGCACAUAUGUUUCCAUAGAUGUAAUUGCUUGCCAACAGCCUAAGAAUCAGUAUGUGAUAUAAAGACUUCAGGACAAGAAAUAUAAUAUUCGCAAAUGAUAUUGUCUCAGUUUAUUU